UCGUGUUUGCAUGUUAUUGUCACUAGUUUCACUAGGAAUAGUUAAUUGACAGUCUCUUAAUAAAUAGCCUAUUACUAUUCGUGGGAAAAAAACGUGGUAUUUCUGGUCCUGAGAAACGCGAGAUAUUAUCCGAUAUUAUCGGUAAGUGUACCGUAUCUCCCACAGCAACAGGUUUGACACGUUACCACACACGCCUGUACAUUUUAAUCUAGAUGUUUUCACUUAAUGAUUGGCUUUUUGUAAUCCUAUUCUCCAUUCUCUCCCUCCGCUCAGCUGAAAACCUCCUCUCCUCCUCCCCCUCUCCCUCUGAUGGCGAGGUGGAGCCUGAGAGACACCCGACUUCUCCAAACUGAAGUACCGGAGGAGCAGACGCACGGGAGAGAAUCGGGAUCCGGGACAGAGAUCCAAGACGCAGCAGAAAAUCUGGAAGGAAGAGUCGAUUUCAGAAGGGGAUCAUAGAAGUGUGUUGGUGAUCAAAGCUUGGUUCGUUAUUUUUUUCCUGCCUGACUGCGGACGACUGCCUCUGGAAGAUGAAGUCUGCCAUCCUGCUGUGUCUCUUUGCCACGGUCUUCGCCGGAAAGUCACCUCGGCUGAAAUUUGUUGUGCACGAGCCCUCCAGGUUCCACUUCAACAAGCCUGAGAACUACAUCAGCAUGUACCACGACGAAGGGAGUGACACACUGUAUGUGGGCGCUCAGGCCAUGAUCUACGUGCUGACGUUCACCGACAGAGGGGUUCGCGACCUCCAGAUCCCAGCGGCAUCUGAUCAGACUGCAAUUGACACCUGCAAGGCCAAGGCUGCACCACUGGAGCUGGAGUGUGAUAAUUUCAUCACAGUCAUUCAGAAAGUAAACGACAAAUUCAUCGUGUGUGGAACAAAUGCUGGCAGCCCCAGGUGCUGGAUGUUGGUUAAUGACACUGUCCUGACCGAUGUCCAGGGUGUUGGACAGAUAGCCUCCCCCUCUGACAUCUCUCCUCCAUACCCGUCUCAGAAGUCCAUCAGUCUGCCUGCAGAUGGGAGUCUGUACUCUGCCAUGUCAUCAGUUGGAGGUCACGCCGGCUCCAUCCGUCGUACGUUUGGCUCCCAGAAGCUCCUGAAGACGGAGAACGUUUGGCUGCUGAAUCCACAGUUUGCCGGUGCAGCCAUAAUCCCAUCUCCACUAAAGGACAAGGAAGAGAUUUAUUUCUUCUUCAGCGAGUUCAACAAGACGGCCAGAGUGGACGAGGAGCCGUACAGAGCUCGGAUCGGUCGUGUCUGCACGGUGGAUGAAGGUGGCGUCAAAGCCCUGCUGGCCGAGUCCUGGACCACCUUCAUGAAGGCCAGGAUGAUGUGUGGGGCAGGAAACACUCAGCAGCAGUACAACAACCUGAAACAGGCGGUGGUGCUGACGGCCCAGGACAAUAGGGCGGGGGUCUUGUACGGACUCUUCUCCAACGCAUGGGGCAGAACAGUGAUCUGUGCCUACUCCAUUAAAGAGAUUGACCAGGCCUUUUCCACCAGCAAACUGAAGGGUUACAGCAGCUCAUUCAUGGGCAAUCGCCCUGGAAUGUGCGUUCGCAAGAACUCAACAGCAGGAGGUCACAACGACAUGAGGACCCUCGGGGUGAUCAGGUACCAUCCAGAAAUUGAGAACGUGAUCCUGCCCGUCGGCGUGGCUCCACUUGACCUGCCCACAGAUGACCAGAUUACACACACCGUGGCGGACAUCGUGCUGGCAGUUAACGACGAGCACUACAGCGUCAUUUACCUCGGAACAGAACAAGGCAAACUUCUCAAAGUCCUUCACACCAAUGAGGAGGUCUUCAUCAUAUCUCAAUACUCCAUGUUUCACAACAAGGGUCCAGUUCUAAACAUGGCCAUCGACUCCCAGAAGGGACAUCUGUAUGUUGGAACGGCGAUGGAGGUCCAGCGGCUGCCCGUGGCUGACUGCAGUCGCUAUGGAGACACUUGCAGAGAGUGCAUUCUUUCCCGGGAUCCGUAUUGCGGCUGGGAUCGGGCCAGGAGGAAGUGCAUCGCUAUCCCGCCUGGAUACAACGUCACGACUGGAGCUCUGAUUCAGAAUCUGGACUAUUCCAACUCCUCGGUUUGCGGGGAAGCUGCUGCCCUGAAGCAGCGUCGAACCUCACCCAAAGAGGUGGUGGUGCCCUAUAACACCUCCAUCUUUCUCCCUUGCCCCGUGCGCUCCUUCCACGCCACCUACCGUUGGGAGAAGGACAACUGCAUUAAGAACUAUCCCUGUCUCUUCUCUGGGGACUUCUGCGUGCUGGGGCCACUCAUGGACACGCCCCUGAAGGAGGGCGUCUUUCGGUGCAUGGCCACUGAGGAUGGGUUCAAGGUGGAGGUCAUUUCCUUCAGGCUGCUCAACGAUGGCAGGCUCCUGGCCGCCUCCCUGGCCUCCACCCUUGGGCCGUCACUGCUGUUGGCUAUGGCCACUCUCUGGCUCCAUUAACUGCAGCUAAGGCUAAUGCUAACCCCUCAUCCUUGCUGGCUCUCAGUGACAGGAGAGGAAUGGAGCCACCGUUUUGAGGUUAGGUUCGCAGAGCAUUGAAUUACACAAUUGGAUUUUAUGGUCUCAAAUCAAUUGUUUCAAUUUUUAAGGUAGACUCCUGUGAGUAAAGGAACAAAUUCUGUAUUUUUAGCCACUAGGACAGAGUAAAACUGUAGCCAAAGCUGCACACCAAGAUCCAAACUUUAUUUUCUUUGAAAACUAGAUAGUUAUUGUCUGACGACUCAUGUCAGUUGACGUGAUUUAAACCAUACUAUAGGUGCUUUGCAAACCUCUCCUCUCUAACUCAAAAAGAAACAUAUCCUAUGAGUUGGGCUAAAAUGUAAAACCGCCAAUACCAGGCCAAUUGUUUCUACCAUUUCUGUACUUAUUUUGAGAUUGACUUGACUGUGCUUAUUUGUGAAUAUAAUACCAUUCAUUCAUCUCACUAUCCUCGUUAAAAAAAUCUUAAUUGAUAUAUCUCAUUCGUACUUAGUAAAACGUCUGGUAUUGAUAUUUAAAAGAAGCCUUAAAAACACAUCUGGGACAUAAACUCCUAAGCACAAUUUUUUGCAGUGGAGGCAGAAAAAACUGCAGACUCUGACGCACUUGGCGCUAAAAUUAGUGCAGCUGAGUCCGAAAAACAUCACUGGGAGGAAGUGUCGCCUCUGUGACAGGAAGUAGGCGGACGGGCGAGAGGCUCCUUCUUGAACAUCACUGUGUCUCAGUAACUCCUCCUCAGGUGAGGCAGUUUAAUGCAUAUUUUUAACAGAUGGUUCAGGACGUCGUUGUUGACACCUUGUUCACGGCUUUGUCCAUUGUUGGGUUUUGCUCUUGCUGCUCUUUGCUUUUCGAGAUCAGCUCUUAACUCUUGCACUGAAAGGAUUUGACCAGCAGCAACAGUUCCUUAGACUCGGAAUCAUUCACACACCGGAGAAUGUUUAUUUUUAUUUGUCAUGGAAAUGUGAUAUUUUGAUUCUCAAGUGCAAGAUACUGGGAUCACUGGUGCUGCGGGAACAACACAAAGACACAUAAAGAAAAGGAUUGCACUUUCAAGCUGACAGCAACUGUAUUACACGUUACUAACAGCAGUUUGACAGAAAGAUUCACUUUACACACAUUUGGUCUGGUGUAGAGAGGUCAGGGUUAUGAGCAGGGACAAGCUUGCCGUUUAAGUUGCUUAUUUAUCAUCUGCCCAACCCCUACAUUCACCCCUCAACCAAAUAUUUUAUCACUGACCCGUAGAAAAAAGAUCUAUCUCAGUUCACUUUGAGAAAAAAACAAAACAUAUUAGUGUCCACUGAUGGUCAUCUGUGACCAGAAUGUAAGACCAGCUGCACUCGUGCUUAUCAUAUGAUCCGUCCCAUCCUUGAUGAUGAUGCACAGCUGCAGUACUGUCAUCACUUUCUAAUAGUAUCCAGAUGGAAGACAAAAAAACACCUUUUCACAGCUGACAUUUUUAUACUUGGUUUUGGUUUUUAGCUUAGCAGCCUGCUACAUGGUCAUUGCUGCUAUGAAGUCACAGCCUUCAGCUCCAGUAUUAUUUUGGCAUUGAUUAAAAUUUGGAGGAAUUAUUGCAGCUUUGGUAAAAGAGUUUUCACCAUUUUCAGUGGUGACACACAGUCUGAUUCAAAAUAUCUUAAUCUUUUAUUUCCUCUGACAGUAUCUACUCACCUUUGAAAAGCAAUGAGUAGCUGUAUUGUAAUUUUCAAAUUGUGAUUUCAACAUCCCGAGUGUCUGAAAGGGAAAACUCCUUGAUUUGGUAAACAGUGAAAAUCAAAUCAGUGAUAAUGUUUUUUUUUUUUGUUUGUUUGUUUUUCUGACGAUGUAUAAAGACGUGAACAAGGUGAUGCGCUGUAGCGCAUCCACACUCUCAUAAGUUGCAAUUCCUUAAUUGCGGUGGGAAGAAAAAAAAAGGCUUGUAAUUAGAUGAUCUGUGAAGUUUGUUCUGUAUUUUAUUGCUCUGCAGAUGCUAAUUUCUACCACUGCUGCCUCUGUGUGUGAGAAAUAGUCUUGAUGGUUUGUUUAAUCCUUGAAAACGUUAUAGUUAGAAUGUGUUUUCGUACGUUCGGACCGCUUCGCCUCGUUCCCCAGGGACAUCAGUGAACAAUGAAAGCUGUUUAUUUUUUCCUUUAUAGUUGUUACCUUUAUGCUGUGAAACAAAAACAACAAGACACUUCACUGAUGUGCAGCAGCAACCACAAACAGGCCAGAGAAUGGAGGGACAGACCACAGAUAUUACACCUGCAGCACUGUCAUUUUUUAGCAUCGCCUCUGAAACAGUAAAACAGAUUUAUGGUACAUUCACAGACUGUGUAGCACAGUUUUGCUUUUUCUUUUUCUUUUUUUUCAGGUGAUAGGAUUAAAUAUAAAGUUGAAGCAAGAAUACGAAGAGAUACAAAUUUGAUGUCACACGCUUUGGGCAGAUAAAUCACGUCAUCUCUGUGAUGAGUCCAGUGGAAGGGAUGUGAAAUUAAAGGUGGAAUCUGAAUUGGGUUUAUGUGGUUAUAAAACACAGAGCGUGCAGAUAUUAGAAAGUUGGUAUUACAAAAUGAUAUAAAACAUAAAUCCAAGCCUGUGACCUCGUGGAACAGUUAUUGUCCAAUAAAAAUACAAAUUGAGAAUCAUGUGUGAAUGACACUGUAACUAAGUCACUCAUUUUCUUAAAAAAAAUUGAAUUAACAUUUAACAUGCUCAAGAUUUACAUGACUGGGUGGAGACAAGGGGUUACAGUCCUGCAGAUGUUUUUGCUGCUGUUUCUGGUCUGGUUAGAUGGAAAGGAAGGCUGUGCUGUUAUAAAUGUGCAAGUGAAAAAUGGCUCAAACGUCAUUCCAUAGUUAUAGCCAAAGUGGUGUCAAAUUUGGACAUACCCUGCUUUAAAGCUGUGAAUGCACAGGAAUAGAAUGUCCAUAAAAAAAAAAUCUUUGCCCAUCAAUGCUAAAGAGCCGAGUGACAGAACAGGCCUGUGCAGUGAUGAAUUAUGCAGCGGGUUAGCAUGUUCCUCCAGAGCUUUGGUUAAAUUAUCAUUCAGUAGUGUACCAAUCAUCUCACCCCACCAGGCCUUCCACUGUGGCAGAAAUGUCAUUAGUAUCUAAUUAGUCCAUGUAGUUUCAUCAUCACGAACAAAAUAUUAGAGAUUGUUUUUCGACUCCAUCAGGUGUGGAUGUAGUGUGUGGAAACUCUCUGAGGACUGUGGCAGCGGUACAAUCACCCUGCUCUGUUUUGUGGUGCUUCUGCUCCAGGGGGGUCAGGGGUCUGCUUGCUUUCUGCAGCGCACUGAUGCAGGCUAAAAAAACAACAGAAAAAAAAAAUCGAAUUGAGCCAUUUUGUGUGCCGAGCCCUUCACUAUCUCCUAACACCCACACAAAUCUGCUGCAGGUCUAACACGCAUAUUAAUCGUCUGUGUGUCUCUGUGUCACCACCAGGGUGGGGGAGAGCGGGGGGAGGAUACCACCAGCCACCAGCCCUAAGCUGGGAAACAUUUAUUGGAGGCUGUGACUGAGCUUCACUGUACCAGAGACUUUAAACAGGAAACUAACUCAAGGCGUGCAGAUGUUUUCUCCCAGACAUAUUUUCUGUGUGAACUCCUUGAUUCUGUAACUGUAUGUGCUGUGUGUUUUUGUCAUAUAACUUUGAAAGCUGUGAUCAAAAACGCCCGAUAGCAAAGAAGCCUUAACGCCUUGUUUCCGUCUUCAACCCUUAGCCCUAACGCUGGUCUGCCAGGACUCAUCUGUGUCAACGUUGGCUUAAAUAUUCCAAACAGUAAACAACUAAUGGUUAACACAAGUUCAAAGGUGCAUUCGGAGCACGUGAAGGCCAGUUUAGGUCACAUGCCAAACAAAUUGAUAAUGGCACAUAAUAGCCUGAAGUUUGUCUUAAUGUCAUUGACUUUCUGAUGACGUGUUGCAGUGAAUAUUGUGGUUAUAUUUUAUCCAAUAACGAAGAAGUAUAUUUUACAACAGUCCAACUUCUCAGUUUAAAAAAACACGAGAUGACUAUUUCUUCCUGAUUGUAAAUUAUUGCUACAUUAGGUGCAUUAAUCCAAAUGUGAGAAGAAAUACAUAGAAAUGUCAAUACAUACAGAUUAACAAGAUAUUUAUCUGCAGUGACUGGAGCCAUUUUCCAGCUACUGCAUGAAGACAACAGCGUAAACCUGAAAACAUGAUCUUUUAUUUACCAAACCUCCUUCAGUGAGACGCCGCUGUGCAGAGCUGUCAGUAUUCUCUUCACGGUAUUCUCUGUGCUUCUCAGAAAAGUUGACCCGUAUUCAUCGACUCAACAGGCCUCUGCUCUAAUGUCCUGAUAAAAUACUAGUCAUUUGAACUGUAAUUUCAAUGCUUAUUUUUCUCUUUGUUCAAGCCCUUGCUUUGAUGCCAAUUCAGUACAGCUGCUUUUCCCAAAUCAGUUAUUGCUCUGCCACUUCCGCCGUCUUUGGCGAGUGUGAUAAAGGCUUAUCUACUUCAAAGGAAGCCCUUGAUUUGCCCCCAGGGGAUCUAUCUGUCUGCUUUAAAAUGAGCCGGCGUGGUGUGAAGCGGGUCCCUGUUUGCGCUGUUUACUCUGGGGUGUCAAGUUCUGUACAUGAUGUGUCCCCACAAAUCUGUGUCUCAAUAUGUUUUCGAAAUGUGUAACACGCCAAACUCUAUUAUGAUUAUUAUUUAAAUGAAUGGAAAGAAGAAAUUUAUAUAACGUUGCCAUUACCAGUUGAAUUGUCAUCUCAUCACAUGUAUUUUUAAAUAACAGAUAUCUAUAGUACAAUAGAUAUUCAUGUAACAAAUCCAUAUUGACAUGUGUUUCCCUGAACAUGUGCGGUGAAAACGAAUAAAAUAUACAAAAGACCAGAA